CUAGGGGUCACCACCACCACCUGCCACUGAGCCUUCUUUUUCGGGUGCUCAAUCCAUUCCCAGACUUCAAGGCUCAGUUUUUUAAAGUCCCUUUAAAGUUUCAUCUUUUGUUUGUAAACACUGUGUUUUGGAAUUGGUAAUGAAAGGAAAAGUUGUUUGCUCCCAAAAGAGAAAAAUUACAGAAAAAAAGUGAAAAGAAGAAGAAGAAGAAGAAGAGAGUCUGUGUGAGGAGUGAGGAGUGAGGAGUGAGGAGUGAGAACUGUGUGGAGAGCAUGGGACAAAAGCCAAAAUAAAGAUGAAAAGGAGCCGUUUUUGUUUCUGGAAGACUGACAUUACCGGCUGCAGGCAGUGGUCGGUGCCAAGGUCGACCGCCGCACCUGCUCCACAGACAGCACGCGAGGUAACCUGAGUACGGGCCACAACAGGUCACCGGGUCCUAUAGAUUCCACGCAUUCACCUCGAUCUCGUCUCCCUCGCACGCCCAACCUCUUCCCCAUUUCUUUUUUCUCUCUUUCUCUCUGUCUCUCACACAGACUCUCACACAUCCCUCUCCUUCUACCCUUUAAAUUCUGGACCCCAUUUCUCUCCCUUCCGCCCACAAUCCCCAAACCCUUAAACCCUUCGACGAAAAGAUCAAAAAACUGCUCUUACAUUUCUCUUCCGCUUUCACUCUAGCUUGUUAAUUGAGCUCAAAUCAUUCGUCAAAACGGGUCUGCCGCUGUGGAUGCUUGGGUUCGGCGCGGAUCGCUUGCGAGCCGACAUGAAUCGUUUACUUUCCUUAUUAUUCCACCAGGGAGUACUGGAUGAGCAAUUCUUGCAGCUCCAGCAGCUCCAAGAUGAGACCUCUCCGAAUUUCGUCUCUGAGGUCGUCAACAUCUUCUUCCAUGAGUCUGAGAAGCUCUUAAGGAAUCUCAGGGGAAUGCUGUCGGAUAGGGAGUUCUCAGACUAUCAGAAGAUGGGAAUACAUCUUAACCAGUUCAUGGGUAGUAGUUCCAGCAUUGGAGCCAAGAGGGUCAGAAAUGUAUGUGUUGCCUUUCGUUCUGCUUCAGAGCAAAACAACAGAGCUGGAUGCUUGCGAGCUUUAGAGUUGUUGGAGCAUGAAUACUGCUAUCUCAAGAAUAGAUUACACGAACUGUUCCAAAUAGAACAGCAACGCGUGAUGGCAGCUGGAGUUUGGUAUCCAAUACAACAGGACUGAGACGAUUCGACACUUACUGAUACAUACUGUUUGAGAUUCGUGGAAUCUAUUAAUCAGAAAAUCUCGAAGUUUUUGAGUCUCAAUUACUCGAUCAGUAGUCACAGGAGAAAGAAGAGAAGAGAAGAGAAGAGAAGGGAAGAGGGUCGAUCCAACGCCUUUGUCAUUACUGUUUCUGGUAGAUUUUAUACCAUGAAUGACGCUUACUCGUGUUGUACUGGUGAAACGGAAAUGGUGUGGUACAUGUAACUGCAACUGUGCUUCUAAUAUCAAUAUAUCCACUUUGUCAUUAA